GCAUGACGUCGGUCCAGAGCAUUGCGCAUCGACUCGACAACCUCCCGCUCGGCGGCUGCCUCGGCAUCUCGGCUUACUACUGGGGCCUCCUCGCCAAAACGGGCCUUGGCUGGGCGAUGGACUCGAUGGACACCUUCCUCUUCACGUACCUCGGCGCAAAGGGUUGGCAGGUCGACGUGCGCAACAGCGACGGCUCGGCGCUCUCGGGGCACCAGAUUGGGCUUCUCGGGUCGGCUGCUUUUGCCGGCUCGUUUGUCGGCGCCAUCGCCUUUGGCAUGCUCGCCGACGUCUACGGGCGGAAGCCCAUGUUCAUGCUCACGAUGCUCAUCUUCAUGGUGUCGAUGGUGGUCUGCGGCGCCGCGACCAGCUACGGGCUCCUCCUCGCAUGCCGCUUCAUCGGCGGCAUUGGUCUUGGCGGCGAGCUCCCAGUAGCCUCGACGCUAGUCCAGGAGCUCGCACCGGCGCCGGUCCGCGGUCGCAUGGUCGUGCUCCUCGAGUCGUUCUGGUCGAUUGGGUGCAUGGUAGCCGUCCUCCUCGCGUUUGAGCUCACCAAGGUCGUCUCCUGGCGCGUCGUCCUAUACAUCUCGGCCGUCUCGAUGGUCUAUGCGAUCGCAGUCCGCUACAUUGUGCCCGAGUCCCCGAAAUGGCUCGCGAGCGUCCAUCGCGUCCACGAAGCGCGCGAAGUGACGUGCAAGAUCGAGCGCGCGCACGGUAUCCUCCCAGCCAAGGCCAACGAAGGCGCGCUCCGCGUUGUCCAGCAUCCGUCGGGGCUUGACGCGUUCGACUGCCGGCUCCUCACGCCUUCCGAGCGCGUCGGGCUCCUCUUCCGCGGCGAGUUUCUCUCGCGCACGCUCGUGCUCUGGACGGUCUGGUGCUGUCUCUCGUUUACGUACUAUGCCAUCUACAUUUGGCUGCCCGACUUGCGCUCGAAAGAGCCGAAUGGGUUUGACCUCAACGGCUCGACGGGAACGCUUUUUUUCAUUAUUUUCUGGCAAUUUCCCGGGUACCUCUCGGCCGCGUACCUUGUCGAGGUCUUUGGCCGCAAGAAGACGCUCGCAAUGCACUUGGUCGGCGCUGCGGUUUCGGCCAUCGCCUUUGGCUAUGUCGAGAACACGCAGACCAAUCUCAUGGUCACGGGCGCCUUCAUGUCGUGGUUCAUGCUCGGCGCGUGGGGGGCCCUCUACGCGUACACGCCCGAGAACUACCCGACGCCGAUCCGCGCCAUGGGGGCGGCGUAUCCCUCGGCGUUUAGCCGCAUUGGUGCCACCGCCGGACCGUACGUGAUCCCGAUCCUCCUCGAGGCGCAGUGGUCGGGCCGCACGAUCAUGCUCGUGUGCGCUGGCGUCCUCGUGCUCGCGGCCAUUGUACUCCUUAUCUUUGGCUUUGAGCCGCGCGGCUGCAACCUCGAGUCGGCGCCGUGCGUCGAGUUUUACUUGAGCGCGACGCUCAAGCCGCGGCUACUGGUCGUGACGCCCGACCCCGCCAUGGACACAGUAUAAAAUAUAUCUCGUCAAGAGCGUUACCCUCUAAG